CGCUGACGACGGAAGGAAACAUGUCGGCAGCUGAGACGACCACAAAGGAGUCUCAUGAAGAAAGUUACACAGAAACCCAGUCAGAGUCAUUAGCUGGACCAAGUCGUGUAAAUGAUGAGGAUAUUGACUUACCUGCUGUGGCCAAAGCGACUGACUGUCAAUCAACACAUGAACUGGAGGCUAACCGCACCAGUGCUGAUGACGUAGAGAGCCGCUCUCGGGUCACCUCACCAACUUCUAAACCUUCUCAAGAACAAACAACACCAUCUCCCCACCAGUCACCUCAUGGGGCUGUUGUUGCAUCCCCUGGCAGAGCCAAAAUGAGUGUUUCUGGGCCCAGUGGUUGCAGUAAAUCUGCUCCUUCUCUCUCUUCUUCUUCCUCUCCACCCUCCUCUGCUGCCACGGCAUGCUCUCCUUCCGUCUCACCGAAUACAGCGAAGGUCCAUCGGGCACGCAAGACCAUGAACAGACCUGUUUUAGCCAAGAAGAUCUCCAGUGAAAGACCAGUCACUCCUUCUGGAUCAAGUGCAGCAGCUUCUCCUGACACAGAAACAGUGGCAAAAAAGAGGAAACUCAGUGUUUCAGAUGCACCGGAGAAAUCUGACAACAUUCCACACAACUCUCUAAUUCUUUUAAAGAAUGGUUGCAGGGAAGCUGACGACACACAAGAGAGCACAUCGAGUCAUUGUUCUCCACCAGAGCUGAAGAAAAUUGACAGGGGUAGGAAAGCAGGCGAACAGUCCUGGCCAGAGGCGGACGUGGAGAAAUGCACAGAUGACAUGUUGAAAGGAUCUGCAGGUGAGUCCACGGACUACACCGAGGUUCCUUUGGGGGCUCUGGACAUUGCUGCCGCGGACAGUCUUACUCUGUCACCACAUCAUGAGGGCAGUGAGGCUGGCGACACGGAGAGGAUGGAGGAGCUUCCUCUGUGCAGCUGCAGGAUGGAAGCUCCUCGUGUGGACGCUGGCGGCAGUGGUGACAGCAGACAGUGCAUGGCCACAGAGAGCAACAACGGAGAGCUGAGGGCUUGCACCAACCAGACCAUGAAAGCAGAAACCAUGCGCCCGUCCAGUCGGAUUCCCCUCAUGGUCCUUUGUGACGUCCACCGUUCUCACAUGGUCAAGCACCACUGCUGCCCAGGAUGCGGCUACUUCUGCAUAGCGGGGACGUUUCUUGAGUGCUGUCCAAACCAGAGCAUCGCCCACCGUUUCCACCGCAGUUGUGUGACAGUGUUGGGCGGGGGGCGGAGUCGAGCCACCGGUGGGAUGCUGUUCUGUCCUCAUUGCGGCGAAGACGCCUCGGAGGCUCAGGAGGUCACGCUACCCGCCUCUUGCUCAGCGGCAUCGUCAGCCUCCACAGUGGUCACCAUGUCAGCCUCCUCCACCACCACGUCGUCGCUGCCACCGCACACUCCCUCCGCCCUCUCGCUCACAGCCUCAACAGGGGCGGUGAAGAACGACAAGAUGCCAGCACGACCCCUCAGUGCUAGAAUGCGAAGCCGCGGCCUCAUGACAGUUGCGGUGGAGCCAGAGCAGCAGCAGACAUCGCAGGCUCUAGCCACGACCAUCACCACCAUUCCUGCCUCAGAAGAAGGCGUGGACAGUGUGGGCCCUUCUCUUUGUUUGCCGAACGGGAAACCUGUUUGUCCAAGUGCGCUUCCACCUGGGCCCAGCAGGGCGGCGCUGCAGAAGGCCAUCCUCAACCAGGAGUCAGAGAGGAAGAAGAAGGUCAGGUUCCACCCCCGACACCUCUACCAAGCAGCCAAGCAAGGGGAGGUGCACAGAGUUCUUCUCAUGCUCAUGGAAGGCCUUGACCCGACGUACCAGCCGGACUCCCAGAACAAACGCUCUGCUCUUCAUGCUGCGGCUCAGAGAGGACAGCUGGAGCUGUGCUACAUCCUCAUCCAGGCUGGGGCUCAGGUGGACGCCCAGGACAAGGACACGCGGACUCCUCUGCUGGAGGCCAUCAUCAACAAUCACGCUGAAGUGUCUCGCUAUCUGGUGCAGAACGGCGCCACCGUCUACCAUGUUGAGGAAGAAGGUUACACUGGCCUUCACCACGCGUCCAAACAAGGAAACCUGGAGAUUGUUAGCAUGCUGCUGGAGACGGGCCAGGUGGAUGUAAACGCUCAGGACAGCGGGGGCUGGACUCCGAUCAUCUGGGCUGCUGAGCACAAACAUGUCAAAGUGAUCGAAGCCCUGCUGAACCGAGGGGCCAACGUCACCAUCAACGACAAGGAGCUGAAUGUGUGCCUCCACUGGGCGGCGUACGCAGGGAACGUGGACAUAGCGGAGAUGGUGCUGAACGCCGGCUGCUCCCUGGACUGUGUCAACAUGCACGGAGACACGCCGCUUCACAUCGCUGCCCGCGAGGGAUUCCUGGAGUGCGUCACGCUGUUCCUCUCCCGAGGGGCCAACAUUGACAUUGUGAACAGAGAAGGCGAAACGCCGCUGACCCUCGCUCGAGUCGACACCCCCGUUUGGGUGGCACUGCAGAUCAACAGGAAGUUACGACGAGGGAUCAGCAACCGCAUGCUGCGCACGGAGAAGAUAGUCAGCAGUGACAUCGCCCAGGGCUAUGAGAACGUCCCCAUCCCCUGUGUCAACGCGGUGGACGACGAAGGCUGUCCAUCUGACUACAAAUAUGUGUCUGAGAACUGUGAAACGUCAGCGAUGAACAUCGACCGCAACAUCACACACCUGCAGCACUGCAGCUGCACGGACGACUGCUCAUCCAGCAACUGCCUGUGCGGUCAGCUGAGCAUCCGCUGCUGGUACGACAAGGACCAGCGCUUGCUGCAGGAGUUCAACAAGAUCGAGCCUCCCCUCAUCUUCGAGUGCAACAUGGCGUGCUCCUGUUACAGGACCUGCAAGAACAGAGUGGUCCAGGCUGGUAUCAAAGUCCGUCUUCAGCUCUACAGGACGGAGAAGAUGGGCUGGGGCGUUCGAGCGCUGCAGGACAUCCCGCAAGGGAGCUUCAUCUGCGAGUACGUUGGUGAGUUGAUUUCAGACGCCGAGGCAGACGUGCGGGAAGACGAUUCCUACUUGUUCGACCUGGACAACAAGGAUGGAGAGGUCUACUGCAUCGACGCUCGUUAUUACGGCAACAUAAGUCGCUUCAUCAACCACCUGUGUGAUCCCAACCUCAUCCCCGUGCGAGUCUUCAUGCUGCACCAGGACCUGCGCUUCCCCCGCAUCGCCUUCUUCAGCUCCAGAGACAUCCUUAGCGGCCAGGAGCUGGGGUUCGACUAUGGCGACCGAUUCUGGGACAUCAAGAGCAAGUACUUCACCUGCCAGUGCGGAUCAGAGAAGUGCAAACACUCGGCCGAGGCCAUCGCGCUGGAGCAGAGCAGAGUGGCCCGCAUGGAGGCGUGCGGUGACAACGCCGACGACUGCGGGGCCACAGUUAUUUAACCUCAGCUGGUCCAGGAGCGUUUCUGUGGCUGUGUGAUGACGUCAGCAUUUAUCUUUGUUUACUGUAAAUACGCUUCACCUGGACACAAACGAUUGUGCAGCUCGUGACUUCUGUUUUUUUUAAGACCUGAAGAUUUUAUGUGUUUAUGUGGAUUCAUGUUUUUUUUACACGCUUU